UCACUGAUCAGCAGGUGGCGACACACGUCAUUCUCCUGUUGUGGAUCACUCUCCUGGAUGCCAUGGCAGAACCAGGACCAGGACCAGGACCAGAAUGGGGCGGGACUCAUGUGGACUCUCUGACUCCAGGUUGUUCCAGUCUGACCACAAAGCAGCUGCAGGAGAAUCUACGGGCUGUGAAGCGGCAACAGCGCCCCCUCAGGCUGCUCUUUGAAAUCCCAACAUCUCGUAUCAUCGAACAAACUCUGUCGAAACACGUGGUGUACGAGGUCGUGGUGUUACGCUCUGGCAGCUUCGAUUCUCGCCGCAGUUCUGUCGAGCGCCGUUACAGCGACUUCCUCCGCUUCCACCACAAACUGCUGCAGGAGUUCAGCGACGAGCUGGAGGAGGUGCUUCUGCCUCGCAAACUCUUCACCGGGAACUUCUGUCCCGAGGUCAUCGCAGAGCGACGCGCGGCGCUCCAGGAUUAUUUAGCCCGCGUGUACGACGUUCGCUGCGUUCGCCGCUCUUCUCACUUCGCCACGUUCUUCACGGAGCGCGAGCAGCAGCUGGCGCACGCUCUGCUGCGCGGCGGACAGUUCGAGGCGGCGCUGGAACAACUGCAGCUGGUUUUAGAGAUGGAGGAGAAGCUGUUGCCAUGGCAAAGCCCCGCCCUCGUCGUACCCACCCUCUCCGCCCUCGCCGUCUGUUACCGUGACCUGGAGCGUGCGGAGCAGGCGUUUGCUGCGGCACAGAGGGCGCUGCCUGUGGUCAGACGCUACGGACUGGACCGCCACAGGGUGGCGCUCUUAGACCUGCUGGUGGACGUGGGCUAUGAGCUGGGCCGCCCGGUGGCUCAGGUGCAGGAGGAGCUGAUGAGGUUGAAGGACACAGAGAGAGGACAGGUGUCUCACUCCCUGAAGGAGCUGGUGGUUCAGCAGUUUCUCUGAGCGGCCACACGGGGGCAGGAGACACCACCAACCAGUUUAAACAAUGUGGAUCAGGGCUGGGUCAGUGAGACUCUGGUCCUGGUUCAACUUUCAACCAUUGGCGUGUGUGUGUGUGUUCUUGUAUGUGCAUCUUUGUGAGUUAGGUUAUGGAUAGGCUAAGAUAUAAAAACAAGUUUGUGUGUGCGUGCUUGUUUGUCUGUGUGUGUGCGUGCUUGUGUGUCUGUGUGUGUGUGUGUGUGUUUCAACACAACAACAAAGAAGUCUGAAAUGUCUCCACAGGUUUUCCUGAUGAAACUGCGGAAACGUGUUGUUUUCACUGACUUGUGUGUCAGGCUGCUUCUCAGCAGCAGGUGGCGCUCACUGCGCUCAUUGUUUCAUAGAAUCUGUGAAAUGUUCAGAAAUAAAAAGUCAAAGGUUUUACUUUUA